GCGCCGGCGCGUGGGUGUGUGGGGAGGGGGCGGUUCCUGUCCUCACUUGCCCUGUUAACCCGCCCCACUCCACCCCACCUUGCGGUCUCAGGGGUGGUGGCGCCUUUGGGGGCCCUCAGAUCGGGGCUUCCAGGAGGGGUGUCCCAGGGGCGGGACAAGGGAGGGGGCGUGGCUGCGGGCCAAGUCGACCCACGAGGCGGGGCUGGGAGUGAGGGGAUACCCCGGGUCCCCUAGCUGCGCCUACCUCACCAGGUACCAAGUCUCCCGGCAGUGGGCCCCCAGCCCCUCUGCCUGGCUUCUCUCAGCGCAGGGGAUCUAGGCCGGGCGGGGGUGGGGGGCGGCGCACAGGGAGGCGCCUGCAGCCUCUUCGGAGGAAUCUGAGGUGCCUCCCUAGCGGGGCAGAGAACUGGGCUCCGGAGCAGGUGGGGAGGAGGGAAGAAGCACCAGGACCCUUCCCCCAGCUUUGGGGAGGGCGCCCCCUCUCUGGCAGCUUGGGGUCUGAGGACUGGAGGAGAGGGGACGAGUUGCUGCUUUGGGCUGGGGGACCAGCUUGGCCCUGAGUGUUACCCCUUCCCAAAUGGGGCGGGGGGCACCAGGGAGGCGAAGUCUGCACCCCCGCAGUCAGCGUCUGGCAGGCCAGGGGGCGUUGGGGAGUCCCUGGGGAGAGGGAGGGACUCCAGGCUGGGCCUGGGGAGGAGGGAGGUGGUAGGACUGCCUGUGGGGCGUCUCCCUCCCGCCUUCCAGCACCCCCCUCCUGCUUUCCAGCAUUCCCCCUCCUCCCGGGCCUCCCCCCGCCCCUCCGGCCGCCCUCAGCCGCCUCCCCCGUUGCAGCGCCUCGGCUUCCCUGCGUAGUCAGUGUCUUCUUGCAGAGGGGCAGGGGUUCUGGAGUCCCACCACCAUUGUCAUGGGAAAGCAGAACAGCAAGCUACGCCCAGAGAUGCUACAAGACCUAAGGGAAAACACGGAAUUCUCCGACCUGGAGCUGCAGGAGUGGUACAAAGGCUUCCUGAAAGACUGUCCCACAGGCAUCCUCAAUGUAGAGGAGUUCAAGAAGAUCUAUGCCAAUUUUUUCCCCUACGGAGAUGCCUCCAAGUUUGCUGAGCAUGUCUUCCGCACCUUUGACACCAAUGGAGAUGGCACCAUCGACUUCCGGGAAUUCAUCAUUGCUCUCAGUGUCACCUCUCGAGGGAAACUGGAGCAGAAGCUCAUGUGGGCUUUCAGCAUGUAUGACCUGGAUGGCAAUGGCUACAUCAGCCGGGAGGAGAUGCUGGAGAUAGUCCAGGCCAUUUACAAGAUGGUGUCCUCCGUGAUGAAGAUGCCGGAGGACGAAUCUACCCCCGAGAAGCGGACUGAGAAGAUCUUCCGUCAGAUGGAUACAAACAAUGAUGGGAAGCUGUCCCUGGAGGAAUUCAUCAGAGGAGCCAAGAGCGACCCAUCCAUCGUCCGGCUGCUGCAGUGUGACCCCAGCAGCACCUCCCAGUUUUGAGCCUGGAGCCUCCUGGGAGAGAGGCGAGAGGAAGGGUAGAGGGCCAGGCUGGGACCCUGCCUUCCCCUGUCCUCAGCUCCCGUCCUGUCUUCCACAGCGUCCCCUUCCCACGUCUCUGUGUCCAGCUUGGAGUUUGGGAAAAGCCAGGUUAGGGUGGGGCCUACGCUGUCUCCCGGCCCCCCUCACCCUUCAGCAGGGACAGCGUCUGCCCCCUUCCCCAGCCUUCGACUUGGGUUCAACCACAUGGAGGGCCGAAGCUGGGCAUGUGGACAUCGGCGAGAUGGGGAAGAUGGUGUGUCCCUGUGCAGCCAGGAGCUGCCCUCUCCCCUCCCCAGGCCCUCCCCUCAAGGUCCAAGGAGAGUUAGCGGCUUGACACCCAGGGGAUCUUCCCUGGCCGGGAGGUUUCUCAGCCCAGGGGCCAAGCUACACGCUGCCCCCCAUCCAUGGCCAACAGCAGGAUGCCUCCCGCUCUAUAUAAGGUCCGGCCAGUCCUGGAGCUCAUGGGAAGUGGGGGUGGGGGGGAUGGAGUGAGGAGGGAGGCUAGGGCAGCUGCCUGGGGUGGGGAGGGGGGCCUGGAGAUGAUGGAGAAGCUCUGGGGGUGGGGAGGUACCAGUUCAUCAUCUUCUAUUCCCCCUCCCCCAAGCCCCCUGGAUUCCUAGCCAGGCCUGGGUCUCUUCUGCUCUGGCUGAAGGGGAUUGUGGGGAAGAGCUGACUGUGAGCCCCCUCGCCCCCAAAGGGCAGCCCUGCCCUGCGCACUUUUCCAUGUGUAUGCACAGAUGUGGGUCUGGGUCUACCCAUUCCCUGGCCUUCCCCCAUCACACACAGACACACAGACCUGUCCGCUCCUCUCCCCAAUCACCCACAAAACUGUGUGUCUCAGAAAACUCCCUCCUCCUUCCCCCAGGCUCUGCCCUGGUCUGUGGAGGCUGGGGCAGGGUCGGCAGUCCCCCCUCUUCUCCGAGCAUGCAUCCACUUGGAAUUACUCUGUUCUUUUUAAUAACUUCAGAAUAAAGUCUUGUUUCAGUGCUG